AAUUCACUUUGAUUACUCGCGAUCGAUUUCACAUGCCACAAUUCCUUCUUUGCGAGGCCAAACGCUCAAGCUUCGAACACUCCACAUUCACAGCAUCAAGAGAAUUCAAGUGGCACAGCGGUCGACAGCGAAGCUCUACAUCAUGUCUCAACCAACGGAAUCGAACUUCGACCCUUCUACCUCGUCUCUUCUGAAGAUCGGCAGUCUAGAUCCUGGUGUCACCUAUGUCGAACGCACUGCCGUGCGCGCCAUUCUCCAAAACCCUCUGAACAAACGACUCGCCAUCAUCCACGUCAAAAAGGGCAAUUACUACAAGCUUCCAGGCGGCGGUAUUGAGCCCAACGAGGACCAUUCCAUCGCCGUUGCUCGAGAAAUCUUGGAGGAAACCGGUUGCAUGAUCUCUAUGGAUAUCGGCACGUGCUUGGCGACAUGCGAGGAAUACCGCAAUGAUCUUCACCAGAUCUCCUACUGCUACGUAACCAAGAUGAUUGAGGAUACUGGACGUCCUGAGCUGACUGAGCUCGAAGCUUCGGAGGGAUUGUCUCAUCGUUGGGUUUCUGUAAACGAGGCUAUGGAGGUCAUGCAGGAUUCCGUGCCAACCUCGGAAUUGGGCAAGUUUAUCAAAGAGAGAGACCUCUUCUUCGUUGAGAAGUUUGCUGAUAUUUUUUAAAUUGGCGAGGGAAGCAUUUGAACGGAUUUGAUAGAUACACUGGGUGUAAGCCAUUGCUUGCAAGUCUCAGGCAGCAUCUUAAUUGAAAGUUGCGUUGUUUUCCUUCCAACUUUGAAUCUACAUCUGCGCACUCUGAC